GCUCGGCACCCUAGGUACGGCCAUGGACCGGGCCUGGGCGGGGGCAGGGGCCGUGGCAAGAAGCCGGAAGCAGCCGCGGCCCCAGCUCGGGAGACAUGGCGGGCGUUAAAGCUCUUGUGGCAUUAUCCUUCAGUGGGGCUAUUGGGCUGACUUUUCUUAUGCUGGGAUGUGCCUUAGAGGAUUAUGGUGUUUACUGGCCCUUGUUUGUCCUGAUAUUCCAUGCCAUCUCUCCCAUCCCCUAUUUCAUUGCCAAACGAGCAACAUAUGACUCCGAUGCAACAAGUAGUGCCUGUCGGGAACUGGCUUAUUUUUUCACUACCGGAAUUGUUGUUUCUGCCUUUGGAUUUCCUGUUAUUCUUGCUCGUGUGGCCGUGAUCAAGUGGGGAGCCUGUGGCCUGGUGCUGGCAGGCAAUGCAGUGAUUUUCCUUACAAUUCAAGGUUUUUUCCUUGUAUUUGGAAGAGGAGAUGAUUUUAGCUGGGAGCAGUGGUAGCACGUGCUCUAUUCUGACUAAAUGCAUUUAAUUUCUUAGAAUUCAUACUGUAUGUAUAUGUGUGCACAUGUGGCCUUUUACUAUGAAAUUUAAUAUACUGUUUCUUUAUACCUUUGUAAUCAUGUUCACUUUAAGGAGGACUACAUGGGGAAAAGGUUAGUUUUAUUCCCAGCCAGUAGACCUCUCCAUUUACUCAAGUUGAAUUAUGUUAUUUGUUUAGCUUUUCAUAGAGUCAUGGUGCUCUCAGAAAAUAUGUUAACUCAGUCUUGUAGACAGUUGCUCACUCAGUGUGCUGCAUCUCCACCUUUGGCCCGGGGAUGUGCUUGAGUGGGCACGUAGCACUGGGGCUGUUUUAGCUCUGCCCAGGACUUCCAAGAUAUGCCUGUGGCCCAGAGAGACAGAGGCGGCUCCCUCUUUAUGUUGCAGACUCUUGCUUCUCCAAGUGUGGUCCAUAGACCAAGAGCAUCAGCAUCUCGAAGCGUGGUCCAUAGGAGCUUAUUACCAAUGCAGCGUCUGGGGCCCCAUCCUCAACCUGAUACAUUCUGAUGAGACCCCAAGUGAAUCGCAGGCACGUUAAAGUCUGAGAAGCGCUGUCAUGAAGGAAGAAGCAUUGCCUUCCCCUUGACUGAACCCCUUAGCCUCUCUGGGCGUUAGCUGCUUGUAAAAACUGUUUCCCCUGCCCCUCGUGUUGAGGCCUCCUUCAGCCUGUCCUUGGAAUUCAUGAAAUGUCCAAACCUAUACUUUAUAGGCUGUUCCUCACAUUUGUGAAGUGUUCUCAGUAGGCAACAGCUAUGGCUUCUCAUUGUCUGAAAGGCAGUGGCUGCCUUCACAGUGCUGGGGGGACAGAUCCCUCACUGGGAGGCAGGGGAGGGAGGCUGGGCUGGAACCGGCCCCUGCUUUAGCAAGAUGGGGAAGAAUGGAUAAGUAACGCUGUUUCAUUUCCCUUCAUAAUCUGACAUUUCUCCCCAGUUCCUUCCCUGUGCUGCUGCCCACCCACCUUCACCAGCCCCGCCAAACACACGCACUCCCAGCAGUUCUGAUUUGCCCUGUCUUCUUCAUGGCUCGGCUUCUCCUUUCUAUAGAGACGUGGAGCCAAGUAAGCAAGCAGAGGGUGAGCUGCUUAAUUUUAUUUACAUGUGAUGUACUUGUCUUUCAUGUCCUGUAGGACUUUUAAAAUAUAUAUAUAUAUAUAUAUAUAUAUAUAUAUAAACACUUUAUGCCACUUUUAAAUGAAUCAUUGAGAAUUCAUGUCAUGCUGGGUCCUGUGAUCACAGGUUUUCUAGCUCAACUUUUUGUCCAAGGCCUAUCGAGAAAGGGAAAUAUGGGAACUAGAACCACGUGAUUAGAAUGUAAGCAGUGAUUUUAAAGCAUUGUUAAUGUGUGAUAACAGACAUACAUUCAAAACACUGAAAGCUUGAAGUUUGUAACCCCUUCAUAUUCUGGAAUGAUCCUGGGAGCAGAAGACAAGAGUGAUACCUAAAAGGAUAAUAUGCAAAGUGAUAUUUCAGCCUUAUGCAUGAUUUUAUGUUUUCAGUGUACUAUGUACGUAUAGAACUGUUAAAGUUAUUUCCAACAUUUAUAUUAGAAAAAUUAUAUAGACACUUUAUAAUUUUAACCAGCAUUUUUAAUAACACUUACACUUACUGUAUUGUAAUAAAUUUUACUUUUAACAGAAAAGAAAAGCUUAAUUUUAAAAGUUUUUAUUCUGAUGUCACCUUGCUUAAAAGGUAACAAAAAUAUGAAAAUUUCUUUGUGUUCUGAAAUGUGCAGUUGUGAGCAAUAAUCUGUCCUGCAUUAGAAUAAUAGCAGGAAGUUGUAAGAUACCAUUUUCGAUGUGCAGUUGGCUUGUAAUAGCUUCUCUUUUCCUAAGAUGGAGAUACUGUUUAAUUUAUACUAUCUUUUGCAAAAGUGCCCUUGUUGCUUAUACACAUUUUAAAUAACCAAGGUAGCCUUAAUGUGUAGCCCUAAAGCAUUUCCUCUUGAUUGUAUUUCCAGAAUGCUAUAAAGCACUUGCAUAUAGAA